AUGUCUCUCCUACGUUCAAACGGUAUACCCGGCUCUUGUGAGCCAUGCAGAAAAUCCAAGCUUCGGUGCGACCACUCCGCCCCAUGUGGCAGGUGCCGCCGUCGGAAUAAAAUAGCCCUAUGUGUCUACCAUCCCGCUCCGAUGACCAGGGGAGCCAUUGAUAGAAGUUUGAGUUCAAGCGACUCUUUAUCUCGGCCAGCUAUUUCGGAGCGCAUAGGAAAUACUUCGAUAGAUCAGACUUCGCUAGCUAGUCCGCAACUACCAACCUCGGAAUCAGCAUUAACAUCAGUAACGGGAGGGCAUAACAGACACCAAUGCCUGGGCGUUUACGACUUGCGUCAACGGCCAAAGGUAACUCCAAGCACGGGGGUCUUUGGUCCAGCUAGCUACAUGGCAGUUCUCAAUGAAAGCGACGAUGCAAUCGCCCCAUCCACCAAUGUGGCGCAAUUCGCCAAAUCACUCCAGAAGAACCAAAGCGCACUUAUCGACGACGAUGAAGUUCGCGCAGGAGCUGAACUUCUGCUGAUUCUAUUUGAGGAUCUUACAUUUUACCACCAGAUGGCAAUAGCCCCGUUCGAAUGCCAUAGCGAUCUCUUUCCCAAAUUGGUCGUAGGCCUAAUGUUCUCCUCGGUUCAGAAGAUGUUUGACGAGGCUAUCUCAGAUAAAUCCAAUCCACUACCCGAUCUUGUGAAUCUGUCCCGCAGCAUGUUUGCAACGUUUUCCAAGCCACUCGUGGUAGAUGCGAAUAUAACUCCCGCUAAUUUCUGGACUGCCAUGCCGAACAGAUGGGAAAUAAUCGGAUUGCUAUUCACGAUUCUGGGUAGUAGUACAUGUCUUCUUUCACAACACUUUUUAUCCGCCAUUCCAGCAUCUAGUGCUUCAACGCUAGAUCGCCAAGGACUUUCUGCGGUAUGUGUUGCGGCUGGCGAGAUAUGCCUGCGGUUUUGCGAAAACACCGGACUCAUCUCGGAACAACUUUGCUGGCUCCUUCUUCAGCAUGCAUCACUACUGACUGUGAUAUAUGGGGAUUAUGGUAAAUUAGAUUGCAGACACUCUCGCAUGUUCGGCCUAAUAUUCGGCGAUCUGUGCACGUUGAUCUACGCGCUUGGUUUCCACCAGCGAGAUACAAAUACCAAAAGACCACUUUUCCUUGCAGAGCACCGGAAGCGACUUGUCGUUCAAGCUUAUGUCUCGGAUAAAGGUCUAUCUAUGUUCUUAGGCCGUCCACCUCGCAUGCUGAGACGAUACAUCCAUAUUGAGCUUCCGCUCGAUAUAACAUACGAAGAUAUCAUGGCUGAGCCCAAAGUCCGAGAUGCUGCAAUCGCUAAUCUUGAUAAGGACGGUUGGAAAAUUGAUGGCCCUAUCACUCUAACAUCCCGUAAACGCGCAUCUUUUAUACUAGGUGUUAUUCGAGAGUUGGUGCUGGAGACUUCGCUAAAUCCUGACAAUGAAAACCUUGAAAAACGAAUAUCUCUGGCGCAGGAAAUACGCAAUGGACUCCCAUCCACCCUAUGGCGAAUCGGCAACAAGGAAGACUUCGAGCGCGAACCAGAAGCGAGCCGAAUCUCCUUGAGUUUCCAUAUGGACUUCUUAUACAAUGAAUUACUGAUGGAACGACUCCUGGUGCAACGAGCUGGAAAAGAGCCUGGGAAUCUGGUCAAAAUCGCUCACGAGUUAUUGAGCAACUUGCUGCAUCUCAUCGUUCUUCGAUCUUCCGCCGGAGAUGAUAACAAGUCCUUAGUCUGGGCAGUAAGAUUCUUUCCAUCCCUACGUAAAAUCCCGUGCAAGAAAAUUAACGCGCUCCAGAUCUCAUCAGUUGGCCUCCCUGCCGCGGGAAUAUUAGCCAUAGAGCUCCUCCAUCAAUUCCAAAAUCCACAUCCAGACCCAUCUUUCCCACGUUCAGAAGCUAUUCAGAACUUGAGUCGGUUCGCAGCUGAUUUGGAACAUGCUGUGUUCCGUCAAUCAGCCAAUUAUGAGAUGUGUCAACAGGCUAGAAGUCUCAUACUACAUAUCCUGGAUCGUGUUUUGUCGUCUCCUCAAGGACCGGCUGUGCCGCAAUUUCAUGAUCAUGAUGUUGAAGAUGAUGGCAAUCUCUUCAUGCACAUGGAUUGGGCGAUGAAUUUCAAUGAGUGGCUGGAUGAAGACUCUGAUCUGCUGAAGUGGGUUAAUAGCUUUGUAUAG